AGUCUAAGCAAUUUCAGGUACUGUGGGGCGCCGACUCCUUGCGGAAUGUCCUGAAGACGAUCUGAGCGUGGAAAAAUAUUCACUUUGUGGUAGAUGCAGAGGGAAAAGAAAGAGAGAAAGUAGAUGGCCUAUGUGAGUGAGGUCGCUGGGUUUUGGGUUUGUUUUGGGCUGCGUUGCUCUGCUUUUGUGGAGCGUAUGCACGGUUGUCUUUCGGCGGAUUGUGUUUUCUGGUUAAGAUUUCCGGCGUGCUGUUCGGCGCAAUCAGCAGGAUGUCCGUUGUUGCUGUUUGAUAUUCUUGAGUGGAUGGUGUUUUCGCUCUGUCUGGGAUGCUAUUCACUGCUAGUCAGUCGGCGCUUUUGGUUUCGGGGUUACUGUUCGUUUGGUGGUCGCUUUUGGAUGUGAUAUAUCUCUUUGACUAUUUAAAUGUGACGUAGCAAUUGAACCAGAGACGUGCUUAACUGGUGAGUAUAGUAGGGACUCGGAAUUACCAUGUAACUAACAA